AUGAAACUCUCCCUAUUCUUUGACGAGUAUGCUGCCGAUGGAAACAAGCAACCGAGUCUCCCCUCUUUCACCGCCUCCGUCGAUCCGCCAGUAGACAAUCCCACCCCUCCUACCGUCUCGCUGCCCUCCUCCGGUAAGUGGGAUCUCUUCCCUACAAUCCCCUUGUUCCCUCAAAGCCUCCCCCUUUUAUGCACCCUCACUGCCUCCGGCGUCCAUGUCGUCGUCUUCGGCGGCUGGGACCCCGAGACCUUAACUUGCUUUAAUUUCAUCUAUGUCUACAACUUCCUCUACGCCACCAGGAGCCAUGGCCGGCCCAUGCCAUGCCCAACCCGUUCCUUCUUCGCUUGUGCCGCUAACCCAAGAAACCAAGGGAGAUUCGAGUGGAGUGCGGAGGCAUUUGAUGUAGGAGAAUGGCGUUGGCUGCCCGUGGAGGAAGAGGCGGUACCGGAGGGAGCGUGUUCAAAGACCUGCGUGGUGGGAGGAGAUGGGAGAAUCUAUGUAUGUGACGGAGGAGGGAAGAUGAUGAUGGUCAAGGAAACGGACGAGUGGAGGGUGGUGGCAGAGUUGUCGGAGCAUGUAAAAGUUGCUCCAAAGAUGGUGGCUUGGGGUGAAGGAUUGAUGGUGAUGGGGAUGGGGGGUUCCGGCUGGCCUCUGGCGGCAUAUGUGUUGGAGAUGAAGCAGGGGGUGGCGAUUGCGUGGCGGAGGUUUGUGAUUCCGAAGAAAAAUUCCUGCUUUUUUCAUAGUGCUUGUUGUGUUGAUGUAUAUAAUCUAUAA